GAAGUGAAGUCUUGGCCAGAGUUUGCUUCUUGCCAGGAAAUCCGCGGCGGCGGCGGCGAGUCCUUGCGGAUCGGAGGCCGGCCCGCUCCGGGCUCCCUCGGCGGGCCGCAGCUAGCCGAGCUGCGCCGGGCGGCGGCGCCGGGAGCCGGGCGCGCCCCGGGCGGCCGCGCUCUCCCGAAAAUCGGACCUGUUUUUAGUCAAAUACAGUCUUUUAAAGGAAACCAAACCUUAAGUGGAAGUCUAACGUAUGAAGAUACGGAGGCUGCUUCGUUUGAUUCAGAAUGGGAACGACAAGUGAUGAGAUGGUGUCUGUGGACCAGACCUCUUCCUCCUCCUUCAAUCCUCUGUGUUUCGAGUGUGGCCAGCAGCACUGGACAAGAGAAAACCAUUUAUACAAUUACCAGGAUGAAGUGGACGAUGACCUGGUUUGCCACAUCUGCCUUCAGCCUCUGUUGCAGCCACUGGAUACUCCCUGUGGACACACGUUCUGCUGCAAGUGCCUCAGAAACUUCUUACAAGAGAAAGAUUUCUGUCCACUAGACCGGAAAAGACUUCACUUUAAGCUGUGUAAGAAGUCUAGUAUUCUAGUUCAUAAACUUCUGGACAAAUUAUUAGUUUUAUGUCCAUUUUCUUCAGUGUGCCAAGAUGUCAUGCAACGCUGUGAUCUGGAGGCUCAUCUUAAAAACAGAUGCCCUGGAGCUUCUCAUCGGAGAGCUGCCCUAGAGAGAAGGAAAACUAGUAGAACUCAGACAGAGAUUGAGAAUGAAAAUGGAACCACUAUCGUAGAUCUCCCAGGUACUUUAUCACCCGAAACGGACUGUUCGGGGACAGGCACAGUGCCCGCCGAACGGAGCUUGACGUCAGCGUCUCUCCCCGCGUGGACAGAGGAGCCGGGCCUGGACAACCCUGCCUUUGAGGAGAGCGCUGUUGCCGACACAGCUGCACAACAGCCACUUAGUUUACCAGAAGGCGAAAUUACCACAAUUGAAAUUCACCGGUCUAAUCCUUAUAUUCAGUUAGGAAUUAGCAUUGUGGGUGGCAAUGAAACUCCACUGAUUAACAUUGUUAUCCAGGAAGUCUAUCGAGAUGGGAUAAUCGCCAGAGAUGGAAGACUCCUUGCUGGAGACCAGAUUCUUCAGGUCAACAACUAUGAUAUCAGCAACGUGUCCCAUAACUAUGCCAGAGCCGUGCUCUCCCAGCCCUGCAGCACGCUGCAUCUCACUGUGCUUCGAGAGAGACGCUUUGGCAACCGAGCGUACAGCCACUCUGAUAGAGAAGAGGUUUUCCAUGUGGUUCUUCAUAAGCGGGACUCUGGUGAACAGCUUGGCAUUAAACUCGUACGAAGGACUGAUGAGCCAGGUGUUUUUAUUCUUGACCUGUUGGAAGGGGGGCUGGCUGCACAGGACGGGAGGCUCAACAGCAACGACCGAGUACUCGCCAUCAACGGACACGACCUGAAGCAUGGGACACCCGAGCUUGCCGCGCAGAUCAUUCAGGCUAGUGGAGAGAGGGUGAAUUUAACAAUUGCUAGACCGGGGAAACCCCAGCCUGGUAACACUAUCCGAGAAGCGGGAACUCAGAGCAGCAGCAGCCAGCACCACGCACAGCCACUGUAUCACAGCAGACCCAGCUCACAUAAGGAUCUGACCCAGUGUGUUACAUGCCAGGAAAAACACAUUACUGUAAAGAAGGAGCCACACGAGUCCCUUGGAAUGACAGUAGCCGGGGGCAGAGGAAGUAAGAGUGGUGAGCUGCCCAUCUUUGUGACCAGUGUGCCACCUCAUGGCUGCCUUGCACGUGAUGGCAGAAUCAAGAGAGGUGAUAUAUUGUUGAAUAUCAAUGGCAUUGAUUUGACCAAUUUAAGUCACAGUGAGGCUGUUGCUAUGCUGAAAGCCAGCGCCGCAUCCCCCACCGUGGCCCUCAAAGCACUGGAGGUCCAGGUCGUCGAGGACGCAGCCCAGACCUCGGAGGAGCAGGCGAGCACCUUCAGUGAAAACGAGUACGACGCCAGCUGGUCCCCGUCCUGGGUCAUGUGGCUUGGGCUUCCGAGUGCCCUUCAUAGCUGCCAUGAUAUAGUUUUACGAAGAAGCUACUUGGGAAGUUGGGGCUUUAGUAUUGUUGGUGGAUAUGAAGAGAACCACACCAAUCAGCCUUUCUUCAUUAAAACCAUUGUCUUGGGAACUCCUGCUUAUUAUGAUGGAAGAUUAAAGUGUGGAGAUAUGAUCGUGGCCGUGAACGGCCUGUCAACUGUGGGCAUGAGCCAUUCUGCGUUAGUUCCCAUGUUGAAGGAGCAGAGGAACAAAGUCACUCUGACCGUUAUUUGCUGGCCUGGCAGCCUGGUGUAGAUUUUGAAAUUGGUUUUGAGUCAAACGUCUUCCUUCUGUAGGUUUUGGAAAGAAAACCCUUUAGUUUCAUUGUAUUUCUGGUUAUUAGGAGCUACUGACACAGCUGGUAUAUGCAGGGCCAAAAACCACUAAGAUUGUCCUUUUGUUAUUAUUUAAAUGUUUUUUUCCUCAAGUUAGCCACAUUUCUUUCAAGUUGGAAACAGUCUUCCACUAACCCUUGUGAGUUCGCAUUUUCGGAAUUCAGACUCACAGUGGUCAGAAUGGGACCUGUCGUGGUGGAAGCAGUCC